CCGGCCCUGCCCUGCCCUGCCCAGCCCAGGGAGUUCCUCGGCUGCCUUGUAAGGCCGCCACAGGGCCCGGUGCCCUCCCCCGCUCCCCGCCCCGACUUUCCCUCGCUGCCGGCAGGGAAGGCAGGAGCCGGGAGCGAUCUGCCCGUCUCCAACUCUCUCCCCUUCUUUCCCUCCUCUCCCCGCAGGAGCCCCUCUCCCUUCCCCCCCCUUCCUCCGCCUGCCUCUCUCCUCCUCUUUCUGCUCAGCAGUCGGGGGAAUAAAUCAGGGAAGGACACACGCACACGCAGAGUGAGCGGAGAUCUGUUACAAAAGUAGCCCUGAUGGCGGCGGAUCAGAUGAAGCUGGAGCUGCUGCUGGAGUAGCAGAGUAGAGUAGCUCGCUCUCUCUUCUCUAUUUCUCCUCUUCCCCCUCUCCACCCACAGAUCUCCAUCGUUUCUCCUCCUCCUUCCCACCCUCGGCCGCGCUCCUGCUUCUCCGCACAUCUCUGGGCUGCGCCUCCUGCGAGGGGGCGGGUGGGGGGGGGAGCGGAGGAGGCUUUAAAAAACAACAGCCCCCCCCACACCAUCGCACACACAAUAAUUGAAUUUAUUAUUAUUGCUGUCUCGCCGACUUGGGGAAGGGGGGAUCGAUCUUCGAUCAGGAAGAUGGCUGCUGGCUGGCUGCUAGUCUUUAGCCUGACACUUUUCCAGUCCCUGGUGAUGAACCACUCCUCGGAGGGACCUUUCCCUUCUGCCACCACGAUAAAGUCAUGGGUAGAUAAGAUGCAAGAAGAUCUCGUAACAUUAGCACGAACUGCAAGUGGAGUGGACCAACUUGCUAUGAUUUAUUUGAAAAACAGAGAUUUGUAUACUGUAGAAGCCAACAACCCUCGUCAGCUAGUGGAAAUUGCAGCCAGAGACAUUGAAAAACUUCUGAGUAACAGAUCUAAAGCCUUGGUGCGUCUCGCUAAAGAAGCAGAAAAGUACCAAGCAUCACAUCAAUGGAGGGAUGAGUUUGGGAAUAAUGAUAUAAUUUAUUACAAUGCAAAAGAUGAUCAGAAUGAUCCUGAAAAGAAUGACACUGAAUCUGGCAGCCAGAGAAUCAGACCAAUAUUUGAAGAAGAUCCUGUUUUCCGACGGCAAACGUCUUACCAACAUGCAGCAGUCCACAUACCAACAGAUAUUUAUGAAGGCUCAACGAUAGUGUUAAAUGAACUCAACUGGACUGCAGCGUUGGAUGAUGUAUUCAAGCGGAACAGAGAAGAAGACCCCACUUUAUUAUGGCAGGUUUUUGGUAGUGCAACUGGCCUCGCUAGGUAUUACCCAGCUUCCCCAUGGGUAGAUAAAAGUCGAACUCCAAACAAAAUAGAUCUGUAUGAUGUUCGUAGAAGACCAUGGUAUAUCCAAGGAGCUGCAUCUCCCAAAGACAUGCUUAUUUUAGUUGAUGCGAGCGGGAGUGUCAGUGGACUGACAUUGAAGCUGAUCCGCACCUCAGUCAUUGAGAUGUUAGAAACCUUGUCUGAUGAUGACUUUGUGAAUGUAGUUUCAUUUAACAAUAAUGCUCAGAACGUCAGUUGUUUUAAUCAUCUUGUCCAAGCUAAUGUAAGGAACAAGAAGAAGCUGAAAGAAGCUGUCUAUAAAAUCUCUGCUAAAGGAAUUACAGAUUACAAAAAAGGCUUUAGCUAUGCUUUUGAACAGCUGCUAAAUCACAGUGUCUCUAGAGCUAACUGCAAUAAGAUUAUUAUGUUGUUUACGGAUGGUGGUGAAGAAAGAGCGCAAGAAAUUUUCCAUAAAUACAAUGAAGACAAAAAAGUACGUGUUUUCACAUUUUCUGUUGGUCAACAUAAUUAUGACAAAGGACCCAUUCAGUGGAUGGCCUGUGAAAAUAAAGGUUAUUAUUAUGAAAUUCCAUCAAUUGGAGCCAUAAGAAUUAACACCCAGGAAUAUCUGGAUGUUUUAGGAAGACCAAUGGUUUUAGCUGGAGAGAAAGCCAAACAAGUCCAAUGGACAAAUGUCUAUCUGGAUGCUCUGGAGCUGGGCCUUGUGAUUACAGGAACUCUACCUGUCUUCAAUCUAACAAAGGAACAAAAUGGGAAAAUAAAUCAGCUGAUUCUUGGAGUAAUGGGGGUUGAUGUCUCUUUGGAGGACAUAAAAAAACUGACACCCCGAUUUACGCUUUGUCCAAAUGGUUACUAUUUUGCAAUUGAUCCUAAUGGGUAUGUGCUACUUCAUCCAAAUCUCCAACCAAAGAGCUGAAACCUGAACUACAGAGUUGGGAUGGAUCUAUCUGAGCACUUCUUCCCAGAAUGCUAGAUUUGUUAGUAGUUCAACUGGAGAAAGGUCUUUCAUCUUUAAAGAUGAGAUCUUUAUCUAAACAUGGUUAGGAUAAAACUUUCCCCAAGUUUCAGGAAAAUUUAUACCCAAGAUUUCAGUCUGGCUUUAUAUCCAUUAACUCUAGUCCUGACCCUGUGGGAACCCCUACAUUACAUGUAUCUUCUUAUAUAACUUUCCUCCCUGCUCUGAGGAGAUACUUCAACAUGAAUGGGUGAUUUUUUUUUUUUCUGAAGUCAGAACUUUAAUCUUUGUUUUAGUGAAGGGUUUCACCAUAUCAAACAAUCUUCUGUUUAGUGGAAUAUUUGAAAAUGUUCGUAUUUUAAUUCCAUUAGAAACAUACUUCCAACAAUUUUUUUCUCUUGAGUUCAUAGUGCAGAAAUGCAGCAUUACAUAAAAGACAAAGUUAAAAUUUAAUUAACUAAAAAUACUAAAAACAAACCUCUCUAUUGAGAGAAAUGUAUGGGUUAUUUACAGAUAAAAAGUUAGAAAUAAUAAAUCACUGUAAAUACUGAAGACCAAACAAUAUAUCCAUGUAGUUCAGUUGUCAAUAUUAAAAUUUCUUAUUAAGAUGGUUUGAGCAAUAUGUGACUGAGAUAAAUGCAAGCUGUCAAUACACAGGCAAAUAAGGCUAGUAAGUCUUUUAAACUUUAGUGGCACCCUACUCCUAAGUUAUUUUUUAGCACUUAGCACACUUUAGAGAAACUUCUUAAGUAAUGGAAGCCUGUAAUUGCUGCCUUUAGGCAUGGAAAUACUGUGGUUUUUUUUUUUUUUUUUUUUGGUUUUUUUUUUUUUGUUUUUUUUUUUUGUAAAUUGGAUGCUUAUCCAUCACUUUAUUCCUCCCAGCCAUGUUCCUUUGGCAGAAUAGUGGCAAGUCCUUGACCUCCUGUCUGUGUGACUGUCCUCUCUUGUUUCUUCACCAGAAAGUCCUAUCAUAGCUACAAGAAGGAUAGCAGAUCCCCUUUUCACUACUUCACCAUCUUUAACUGUCAAAGGCAGAAAAAGGAAUGAAGAAUUCAUCUACGUAUUUUAGUGAUUCAUUUAAUUCUUAAGCUGAGAGAAGUCAGCAUUGUGAAUAUGUGGAUUAAUUGCCUGGUGAAGUAAUGAAUAUAUUUGAAAUCUUUUGCUGAGUGUGUAACAAAAGAAAAAAAAUGCUUCUGAAAAAGAGAAAGAAUAACUUGAUCUUAACUAUUGAUGAAAUACCCCUUUUGAUUUAUUUUGUAAGGACCCUUUUAAAAAUAAAAGAAAAAAAAAAAAGGAAAAAAAGGGUUUUAUAUAGUCUUUAUAAUUUAGAAGGACUUCAGUUUCUGGAUAUAUGUAUUAAGUUUUCAUAUGUUAAAAAAUUAAAGUUUCUAUUUGAUGAAUUUGUUUGGUGAAUUAUUCUGAGACAAAUAUAUGCAUCAUUACUGACUGAAUCUUUUAUUCAUUUGAGAUUAUUAAAAAUUCAGGUGAUGGCAAGUGAUCUAUUUACAUUUUCCUUAUAUACAAAUUAAAUUAUCUUUUUGUUAACAGAAGGAAUAUAAUAAGAAGCAAUGUAGUGUUCUUGUUUUAGGCACAAUCUUUUGAGGAACUGAUGGAUAUGGAUUCUGUUCAUCUCACAUGUGCUACUAAACUGCAGUGUAAACUCAUAACACUGGAGAAUAAAGAAACUUUGUUAGUGAGUGAAAAACUCAGCUCAUCCCAACUUAAUCUAGACUGAGAUGGAGUAUUAGGAUACUAAUUGUCAUGGUUUCUCUAUGUAGUUUUCUACUUAAAAAGAUAUGAAAGUCCAGAGAUGUUUUCACAUACUGCUCAAAUUUUUGAUUUAGAGUGUGUUUAAAAAAGGAUAUUUUAUAAAUUAUGGUUUAUGUUGUAGAAUAAUAUCUAACUGUAAUAUUAAGCAUAUGCUUUAUUAUUAUUGUCAUUGUUGUUAUUAACAGUUACACAGACUAGACUUUUUCACUCCCAGUUUGUUUGGGGUGAUGCAUGCUAUUCAGACUGAUACAAGAACUACGUUUUAAAACUAAGGUACACUAUAAAGACAGAUGUAUUUAGAACUUAUGGACUUUCUUUAACAUGUCAUAUUAAUUUUAGUUGAGCCUUCUGGUAGUUGUUAACUUAUUAACAACAAACAUCUUAACCCUCUUUGCUAGCAAUUUUUCAAUAGAUGCAAACUAAAACGUAACUACGUCUUUACCUUUGAAGAGGUGAGGGUGUUUUAAACUUCCAGUGGUCCCUUCUUCUGAAUGUCUUCUGCUUUCCUUCUGAAAAUCUGUUACCUCAAAUCACAACUGGUUCAACACAAUUAAUAUUUUGAGAAAUUGUCUUGCAGUAUCAUCUCACAAAAAUAAGCCCCUAGAAAUUUAGAACCUGUGAAGUCAUUUGCACAACUGAGAAAAUUUAACAAAAAGCAGAUUCAAAAGUGUAUUAAAAUCAUUAAGAAAUUUCCCUUCAUGUUCUUAUUUGCACAGGAAAACUACAUCAAAGCAUAACACAGGAAUUUAUUUUUU